AAUAACUCUCCUAGGAGAUCGUAAACACAUUCAAAAUGGCGACGAACACCGAGACGCAUAACCAGGUUCUUUCAGAUGAGGAACAGAAAACAUUUUCAGGGGCAACGCUCCAAAUCGACGGCGUUGACAAUCAAACGGGACACGAGCCCGGUGUAGACUUUGUCGGGUCAGGUACAAAUUUCAACAGGAAUCGCCCCGGAAGUGUAUAUGGACGGCAGAGUAUUCGGAGUACGACCAGUCGAACCUCUGUCCGGCCGGGGUUCAUCAAGAGUGACGUGGAGUCAGACACUUUCUUCAGCUACAAGGAAGAGAACUUCAACAGAGCCCUUGAGACAUGUAAGAAGACACUGAAGGCUGACAUUGAUGGUGACUUCGUCGGAGCCUGGUUGCUGACCUGCAUUGACCACUGGGACAAUGAGAGGGAAAGAUUACUCAUCCUGACCAAAAACUGCAUGCUUAUCUAUAAGUAUGAUUUUAUUAUCCACAAGAUGGAGGACUUUAAACGGGUCAUGCUACACUUGAUUGACACGAUUUGUGUUGGAGACUUUGUGUACCCACCCAAGAGUCUGAUGCCACCAAGGCAACAUGGUGGAAUUCAGGUCAGAUGGAACAAAGGAGAACAGCCGACUUGGGCCCAGGUGUGGAACCCCUGGUGUGCCAGCAUACCGUGGAUCAACCUGUCCCAUCAUCCUCUGCUGUACAACCCCAAGGAAUACGAGACCGCCAUUUAUAACGUUGACGAGUUCUAUGAGUCCCUGAUACAAGCCAUAAGUAACAGCUACAAAGAGAAGCGACCUGAUGCAAAGAUCACUAUAGUGGAGGGGCCAAUCUUGAUUGAGAGCUACGCAAGUUUGUCAUCCAUGAUUUACAACCAGAGUGGGCUUGGAUUUAACAGAGACAGGAAAGGCAUAAGCUUUUGAGCUCUACAUUGUACAGUUCUUGAAAAACACUGUAAGCAAGCAAGCAUAAUGUUUUCAUUUUUAUAUGUUACAAAGAAAUCCAUUUUUACCAAAAUAAUUCUACAUAAAAAAUUGAAAGAAGAUUUCCUACUUUUCAGAAAGCAAAUAUAUAAGACAUAGAUUUCAACAUAAAGGUUCGAUAGAAAAGAUUCAUUUGAAACUAAAAACUUUGAUAAAACUGAUACAUUUCUUGAUAUUGUAUUAACUAUUACAUUUAUUUCAAAUUCUUUUGUAACUGUAACUUUUGCUACGUCUAUAUUUUAAACUGCUGUGUUAAUAAGGUCACGAAAAGGUAUGUUUGAAAUGACCACUACUCUGUUAUUAUGAUACUAUCAAUAGUAUUAUUAUUGCUCCUUCUUAUAAGAGUGCAUGCAUUAUAGAUGUGAUUAUUUUAUUGAAAUAGUACGCAUUGACUUUUCGAAAGUUAUUAGAUUAAAAUAUAAAACAUGUACAUUACAAUAAUAUAUGACUUUGUUUUUUUUAGGAAAUUACUAGUAUACUGUGCCCAGUGCUUAAAAUUUUUUUUUUGUUUGUUCAUGCUUGUUUAUAUUUAUUUAUUUAUCUGCAAUUAUCAGUGCUGUUUGAAGGUGAAUUGAACAUUGAUUAAUAUAUUUGCCCACCUUGUAAUUAGAAUUAGACUAGUUUUGUGUAUCUGUUGACAUCCAUUCCAGAUGAAGUGAUAUUCAUUACGUGUUAUACCCAUUACAUUUAGAUUGUAUUUUGUUUAUGUUACCCUUACUUGCCACUGCAAGAACCUUGUUAUUUGAUAGCAAUGAUUUUCUGAUGAAAGUUGGUCUUUGCACACUUCAUCAUGCUAUAGAAGUUUUCAUCUAUAGAUUGUUGGAUUUUAUCAAGAAAUACAAUUUAUUGUAUUUGUAUGAUAUUUGAGAGUGUGAGUGUCUCUUAAUAGAAAAAAUCCUAACAAGAUAAACCUCUUUAAGGAGCCGCCCCCUCCCUACCUUAUUUCCUGUUUGGUGAUGAAGUUUUCACUUGUGCAUUAUAUAAUUGACCUUUGUUGUUUAUUCAUGGAUCAUGACAAAGUAAUAUUUGUUUUGUUGUUGAAAAGAAUUGCCUCUGAAUUUAUAAAUCUUGAGUUAAUCUUGGCUGACAUAGUUUUUAUCCAUGACAGUUUACAAAUCACAAGAUAGAUACAGCAUAAGUUUCAAUCAGAAUUUUGGAAUGGGGUUUUAAUUGGGAUCCAAGUUUUCCUGUGGUAAAUUAAAACAAGAAUUUAGGUGAUGGGAGAUGGUUUACAGAUAAAUUUCCUUACUGAGUUUUGUAAAUUUUUUUUAAUUACUGUCUCAGAUUUCUAGUCUCUCAUCUGAUACAUAUAUUUGAUCUAGUACUUACCAAUUGGUUUAAUACAUUUCUGUUCUAGUACACACAUAUAAUCCAGGGUUCAUAUUACUAAAGAACUUACGGCAAUGUUGUUAAUAUUUUCAGUCUCCUGGAAUCACUUUAAACGAACUGAAUUAACAUGAAAACAUUUAUUUACAACUUAUUUUCAUAUCUGAAAUUAUGUUUUACAGGCAUUAGAUUAAAACAUUAUUUUGUGAUUAAUUAGCAUUAAUUAAUUUGAUUAAUUAAUUAAUUUGUCCAAAGUUCUUUUUCUAAACUGCAGUCUGGUUCUGUGGUGGUUUAGUACAAUGGAUCUGAUGUAUCACAUGUGAUCAUAAGGUCUUUGACAAUUGCUAAUGUGGUCAAGUACUCCUAUGCUUAUCAGAAUACAUAGCGUUUGUUUGUGAGCGAGUUGAAUAAUUGCAGUUGAGGGCUAUUGCAAUUUUUUUAGAUGCCAUACUCUAUAUGAAAUGUUUCAUUUAUAGACAAAAUCUCUGUAACCAAGUUUUCAUUAUGAUUCUUUGUUUAAUAUAUAUAAGAUAGAGGUAUGUUAAAUUUAAAAAAGAGAGCAAGGAAGUAUAUUAUCUUACCUUUUAAUUGAAAUGGACACAGUUUUUAUAUGAAAAGGACAACAAGUUGUUUAGGAGAAAGUCUAAAGCAUUAACAAAUUAUAUCUGAAUGUGGAAAAAAAACCUUUUGGGAUAAAGUUAUUAAAUUUAUUACCCAGCCUUUUGUUAGAGAACGGCUAUGAAAUUAGCUUUCUGUGCAGGAUCAUACCAUUUCACAAUGCAAAUGCUCUAUAUCAAAGUUUGGGUUAUUCUUCUUCAGCUUAAAAAUAGUCAUCAUUCAUAUUACAGUUUGACUGAUAUCUCAAACAAUGAUAUCUUGAAUACAAAAGAUGUGUCAAAGUGAUUUGUAAGUCCCAACCACUUACUUUUUAAGUGUUUUUCCCUCAAUAUCUCUAAUUUUAUAAACAUAAACAGUCCCAUCUAGUUUGAGAUAACGAAGUUUGACUGUUAUAUGUCAUAUUUCAUUUAUCAUUUUUUGAUAUAGAGUAUUUUGGCAUGGAAACUACUGAAAGGCCACACUCAGAAGUCUUUAAUUAAGAGUAUUUGUUGUUAAGACUGUUACUACUGCAUUGUAUGUAUUUGUUGUUUUUCAUAUUGUUUUAUUUAUUUUACAUGUUUUCACAUAUCUAUUAUGUACAGGGAGAUUUUUCAUGCAUUUGUAGACUUCUAUACUGGACAUUUACAGAAACUACAUUUGAGAUCUUUCCUUUCAUAAGAUAUAGUUAAUUGCACAAUCAACAAUCAAAUUUGUUCAUUAUGAUAAAUAUAAAGCAAAUAUUAUUUAAAUACGAAAGGCCCCUGCUUGCAAAAAUUAACUGUUGCAUACCAAUUACUUGAAGUGUGAUAUACAGGUAAUACAUACAUGUAGAAUGACUAGUACCUGCUCACAGAGAAGUUAAGACAGAAGACAGCUCUUGUACAGGGGCACAGUAUAUAUCUAUAAUUACUGUAAUGCUUGUAAACACUGUGGAAGAUUUAAACUUAUGUAUAUGUAAACUUUACAGCAAACCAAUAGGUUAUUGCUCACCCUUGGAGAACCUAUGCAUUAUUUUGUUCAUUUCAAGUUUGUAUUUAUUUACUGAUUUUUUACAUAUCAUUUUCCAAGAUGUUUUCAUUAAGUAAAAUCUAUGUAUACUCUGCCUCAUUUUCAUUAUCUAUAUUUAGCCGUUUUUAAUUUUUGAUUUUCAUAAGGAUAUUUUCUGUUAUUUUUGUGAUUUGAAGUUUAGCCAUCUUUCCUUAUUGGCAGAUAAACAUCAAUAGACUUUACUUUCUUGUAUAGUAUGGCAAUUUUAGAUGUUUGUGUUCUAUAUCGAAUGUAUUAAAAAAAAGCACUGGUAGAGAAAA